AUGGCUACGAAUUCGAUCAAAUUACUUGCCCCAGACAUUCAUAGGGGUUUGGCCGAACUCGUGGCUAAGAGACUAGGGCUAAAACUAACUGAUUGCAAUUUGAAGAGGGAUUCUAACGGAGAGGUGACGUUUUCGAUUGCAGAAUCAGUUAGGGAUCAGGAUAUAUACAUUAUUACACAGGUUGGAUCAGGUCAUGUUAACGACCGCGUUUUAGAGUUGUUGAUUAUGAUUAACGCUAGUAAGACUGCUUCUGCAAGGAGGAUUACGGUGGUUAUUCCAAAUUUCCCCUAUGCUAGACAGGACAGGAAGGAUAAAUCUCGUGCUCCAAUAACUGCAAAAUUGAUGGCAGAUAUGUUAACGACAGCGGGUUGUAAUCACGUUAUUACGAUGGACUUACAUGCAUCGCAAAUACAAGGGUUUUUUGAUGUGCCUGUGGAUAACCUUUACGCUGAACCAAGUGUAGUGAGGUAUAUUAAGGAACAUAUAAAUCAUAAAGAUGCUAUUAUUAUUUCUCCUGAUGCCGGGGGUGCUAAGAGAGCGUCCUUGCUAUCCGAUAGAUUGAAUCUAAACUUUGCUUUGAUUCACAAGGAACGUGCGCAGGCUAAUGAAGUGUCUAGAAUGGUUUUGGUUGGUGAUGUUACCGAUAAAAUUUGCAUUAUUGUUGAUGACAUGGCUGAUACUUGUGGUACUUUAGCUAAGGCUGCUGAUGUAUUGUUAAAAAAUCAUGCCAAGUCUGUCAUCGCCAUUGUGACCCAUGGGAUCUUAUCGGGGAAAGCUAUUGAAAACAUUAAUAACUCAAAGUUGGAUAGAGUGGUUUGCACUAAUACUGUUCCAUUUGAGCAAAAGAUGAAGUUAUGCCCAAAGCUAGAUGUGAUCGAUAUCUCUUCUGUAUUAGCAGAGUCGAUUCGUCGUCUGCACAAUGGUGAAAGUAUUUCUUACCUCUUUAAAAACAAUCCUCUGUGA